CCUAAGCUAGCUUGCCUCAAACUCAGUCUCAGGUACCUGCCAUCAUACUUCCCAAAGCCACUUUUUGAGACAGGAUCUCACAACAUGACCUCGGCUUGCCUAGAGUUUACUAUGUAGACCAAGCUGGCUUGGAACUUAUAGAAAUCCAUCCACUUCUGCCUCCCAAGUACUGGGAUUAAAGGCAUGCACUGCCGCACCCAGCCUACUAUUCUAUUUGACUGGCAUAAUAACAGAAUCACACUUAAUAUUCUAAAAGUAGCUGAGAUAUGGUGGUCCAUGCCUAUAAUCCCAGCAUUUGAGAAGUGGAGACAGGAAGAAGAGGAGUUCAAGGCCAGCCUUGGCUAUAUAAGGUACUUAAGGCUAAACUACUAAACUGGCUACAUCAGACCCUGUCCAUAGAUAGAUAGAUAGAUAGAUAGAUAGAUAGAUAGAUAGAUAGACAGACAGACGGGCAGAUAAAAAAUAGCUGCAGAAUGAGUUCAGAAUUGGGCAGCUGUUCCUUCCAGGUGAGUGGCAGUCAACGGGACUAAAGGUCAGGUCAGGGGGGUCAGGGGGGCCACUCCUCCACCUCUCUUUCCCUGUCCACCUACAUAGCUCAGUUCCUUUGACUUUAAGUCAGGUAAGGGGGAAGAGAAGUGGAGUCUGAACAAUACUUCAGAUCUCUUUCCUUCUGUCAGGGCUCCAGACAACCCCCUCUGGUGUCAGGGUCACUGCAGUGUCCUGACUCCCCCGGAAGUCACAGCUAGUCUUUGUGUAACAGGGACCCCUUUGGUCUUGGUGUCCAACCAUAGCCCUCAUGUUGUAUUCAAAAGCCAACCACUUCAUGGAAAGGAAAGCUAAUGACAUGUCAUGAUGUCCCAGUGGUGCCACUGUAAGGUGAGAUGUGCUGGCCCUUGGGUCCUGGCCUGGAGGAGUCCCUUUACUGCUUCAGGUGCUGUUCUGAGACCAUCACUGAAGUUCACCAAAUGGGCACCACACAGACCCACAGCCUAAAGCUGGUGCCACAAACCUUUAAAUGACCCCUCGUGCUGCCUCUAAUUCCUAGCUUCCACAGGGUUGGGGGGUGGGGGAGUGGGGUAUGUAUAUGUGUCAUUGUGUCCAGUCCCCUGCAUCUGGGGGUCCACCCAGGCCAACCUCUGCUCAUAGAUAAGAAUCAAUCCAGAUUUUUUAAAGGCACCUGCUCUGGGGGUGGAUUCCCCCUGGGGAUAAUCAAAUAUUUAUUUAUUCAUGGCCUUCUGUUGGGAGGGGAGGCCCUUCCACCCCAGCUCAGCAGAGGCCAGCUGCCUCCUCACUCCUUCCCACUGGGGCAGUCAGGAGCAAAGUGGCCUGGCCCUGGGCAAGUCACUCCACUUCUUUUAGCCUCAGUUUACCAACUUUAAAGCAAGGUUAAUGAUAAACCUGCUUUGUGAGGUUGAUUGGGGUUUAAAUGAUCAAAGGGGUUGAAAUCCAGAAAGGGCUUAGUAAGCAGGGCAGUUGGUACCUGGGAAGUGCCAGCCAGCGUGUAGCAGGGACAUGCUUCCCCUCUCCACCACUGACAUCUUUGCAGAUUGGAUCUCACUGUGUUACCCAGGCUGAUCCCUGACUAGUGAAGCUCAGGGGAGCCUGUAGCCCCAGCCUUCAGUAGAUGGGCCUCCCUGGCCAUUGUCAUUAUUGAAACCCUCCUGCCACAAGGACAGAGCCUUCUGCUUUCAGAGUUGUUGUUUAUUUGGCGUCUUUAUUACAGAUGGGGAAACUGAGACCUGAAGUGGGGAAGGAACUAUUCAGGGUCACUUAAUAGAGUCAUGGGAGAGUAAGAAGUGACUCUCAAAACUCCUUCAUUCCUAGUUGGACUCUGUCUCUUCCAUCCCUCUGCCUCAAGUUCUCCUCAGGUGUGUCCUGGCGCAGUGUGGGCCUGGGCAGAACCUGGGAGAGAAAUGAACAGAACCUGGCCAUGGAAUACGCUCUGAGGCCAGAGCGUUCUCAGCCUCAGCCCUUUGUCUGCGGCUUUGUGAUGGUAAGUGCUGCUCCUAAAUCAGGUCUGUGACACUGUUAUUGUUGCCCAGGGCGCAAAGAGUCUAAACUUUUCCCCUGAGGUCAAGAAUGUGGCCAGUCCCCAAGCCGCCCAGAGCAAGGCCUGGGUGGCUGGGGGUGGGGCUGGGGCCUCACCCUGAGCCCGGGCGAGAUGUGUGGAGGGGAGGGGGUCAGGAGGAACAAAACGCUUUGAAAUGCCUCCUCUCCAUCACUGCCAACAUUGUCCGCUGCCCGCGGGGGGCCUGGCACCGCCUCGCCGGGGCUCCGGCCCCCAGCCCUGGCCAGGCCUGGCCCAGCAUCUGAAAAUGGACAGAAGGUUAUUGUCCCUUCCCGCAGUCCUUUGUCUGCCCCAGUUCCAGAUGUCUAGGCUGGGACCAGGGAACUGACCCAUGGUGGGCAGAGAGGAGGGGACAAAAGGGGAGAACACGGGUCACUGCAUCCUGAGGAGUCGUUCCCAGACCCUGAGAUCCCACCCAGCCGCAGCCAAGUCACCUUCUGGGCCAGUUUAGCUUUGGGAUUGUCCUAUUCCUUGGCCCUCUCCCCAGAGCAGGUUCCGGUCCCUGGAGAAAAGGCACAGGGGUGUAGAGUUAGAACAGGAGGCCUUGGGAGAUCCAAAGGCAGGCCCAACCCCUCUACCCAGGUAACUGCUGUGACCUUGAGCCUGCUUUGCCUGUGGAGGGGACUCCUGAGCCAGUAAUGACGGAGCUCUACCUACCAGCGCCACUCUGAGCUGGAGGCACCUAUGGUGGAAGGGUCUCUCUGCCCCUUACUGAUUGUGGUCAAUAGUCAUACUGGCAAGAUGGGACAUUUCACACCAAUCCUCAAGUGGGUUGUGGGCAGACCACUUUACCUGCAUUGUCAAAACCAAGGGCAAUUAAUCUUGUCUCCAUUUUCCAGCUCUAGAGACAGAGAGGCUGAGAGGUAGUCACUAACCCCAAGCCAGGCAGCCAGGAGGCAGCAAAGCUGGGAUCCUCGCCCAGGCCAACCGCAGCCACCAGGAGGAGUAAUCACUAAUAAAUACUUGGAAGGUGCCUUGGCCCAACUCUUCAUCUGGGACUAGUGGUGUUAACUCCAUCCGUUGGUUUUCCUGUUUCAUAGAUGGGGCUCCCAAGCCCAGACCUAGGAAAGAGGGCUCAGGGGGGCCUAAAUAGCAGCUCAGAGGGCCGUUCUAGAGCCUCUGAACGGGCUGAGCAGCAGCCGACCAGCUCUUGGUGACUGAGACUCUUCACACCUUGGGUUUCCUCUUCUCUCUUCAGUAAAUACUCACUCCCCUAUGCCACAAAGUUGUCAAAACGAAGUCAAAUGAGUUGGCUUGGAACCAGAGGUGGGAAUGGUACCCAGGCUGGUUGGUCUCUUGGUCUGUUCAACUGCACCCAGAACCAAGAACAGGGUGAAGGCUCAUCCUCUGGCCAGGAUCGUGGGCUUCUGUGACCACAGAGCAGGACAGGGGCCCAGAGAGCCUCCAACCCAAGAGCCGGGAAGCUGACAGCUGGACCAUUGGCCUGGAAAUAGCCCAACAGGAAGCUGUGACCAGAGCUAGGCUAGAGCCCCAGGGCUCAGUCCCCAGGAUGCUGUUCAUCCCCAGGGCUGGAGCUUGGAAGGUGAUGAGAUCAGCGGCACCCGGUCCCCGCCCCACCGGGGCUUGCUCUCCAGCCUGUCGUGUCAUCUGGAGGGUGUGCCACAGACCACAACGUGGACAACACCACAGAGAUGCUACAGGAGUGGCUGGCUGCAGUGGGCCGUGACUAUGCUGCCGUGGUCUGGAAGCCCGAGGAGGAGGCCAGGCCCUACCCAGAUGAACAGAGUCCCAAGCACUGGACCAAAGAAAGGCAUCAGUAUUUGAUGGAGCUGAAGCAGGAAGCCCUGACCUUUGCCAGGGCCUGGGGAGCUGACUACAUCCUGUUCGCAGACACAGACAACAUUCUCACCAACAACCAGACACUGCGGCUUCUCACAGAGCGGCACCUGCCAGUGGUGGCCCCAAUGUUGGACUCCCAGACCUAUUAUUCCAACUUCUGGUGUGGGAUCACUCCACAGGGCUACUAUCGCCGCACAGCUGAAUACUUCCCUACCAAGAACCGCCAGCGCCAGGGCUGCUUCCGGGUCCCGAUGGUCCACUCUACCUUCCUGGUGUCCUUGAAGACUGAGGAAACAGCCCGGCUUGCCUUCUACCCGCCUCAUCCCAACUAUACUUGGCCUUUUGAUGACAUCAUCGUCUUUGCCUAUGCCUGCCAGGCUGCUGGGGUCUCAGUGCAUGUGUGCAAUGACCAUCGUUACGGGUACAUGAAUGUGGCGGUGAAGGCCCACCAGGGGCUGGAAGAAGAGAAGGCCAACUUCAUCCACCUGAUUUUGGAAGCACUAGUGGAUGGGCCCCCCAUGCUGGCCUCAGCUCAUGUGUCUCGGCCUCUAAAGAAGCCCAACAAGAUGGGAUUUGAUGAAGUCUUUGUCAUCAGCCUGGCCCGCAGACCCCAGCGCCGGGCUCGGAUGCUGAGCUCUCUCUGGGAGAUGGAGAUCUCUGCUCAAGUGGUCGAUGCUGUGGAUGGCAGGACACUCAACAGCAGUAUCCUUAAGCACCUGGGUGUGGACCUGCUCCCUGGCUACCAGGACCCCUACUCGGGCCGCACACUGACCAAGGGUGAGGUGGGCUGUUUCCUCAGCCACUACUCCAUCUGGGAAGAGGUGGCUGACAGGGGCCUGGCCAGGGUUGUGGUGUUUGAGGAUGACGUACGCUUUGAGGACAACUUCCGGAGGCGGCUGGAACGGCUGAUGGAGGAUGUGGUGACUCAGAAGCUGUCGUGGGACUUGAUCUACCUUGGCCGGAAGCAGGUGAACCCUGAGGAGGAGGUGGCUGUGGAGGGUCUGCCUGGUCUGGUGGUGGCUGGAUACUCCUAUUGGACACUAGCAUACACCUUGAGUCUGGCAGGCGCCCGCAAACUGUUAGCCUCUCAGCCUCUGCGACGCAUGCUACCUGUGGAUGAGUUCCUGCCUGUCAUGUUUGAUCAGCACCCGAAUGACCAGUACAAGGCAUACUUCUGGCCUCGGGACCUCCAAGCCUUCUCAGUCCAGCCUCUGCUUGCCUCCCCCACCCACUAUGCGGGAGAUGCUGAAUGGCUCAGUGACACAGAGACAUCUUCCCCCUGGGAUGACGACAGUGGCCGCCUCAUUAGCUGGACUGGCUCUCAAAAGACGCUUCGUGGCCCCCACCUGCACCUGGCUGGCAGCAGUAGAUAUAGCCCCCAUCCUCACCCCAGGGAUGAGCUCUAGCCUCAGGCCCACGAGGUCCGAGUGGGAACGCCAAGGAGCAACAAGAACAGAGAGGUCGAAUGGACAGGAGCGGCAGAACCAGCAGAAGCCUGGCUGUUACCUUGGGUGGAAGCCCUUCUUCCACCCUCUGGACCCUUCCCAGGUUGGGAGAGCCACUCAAAGACAGAGUCCAUUCCCCGAAUGUCACAAAGUGAAAAGACAAGACUCUUGAUUCUGCAUGCAGAUUUAGAGCCCAGUGGGCUCAGGAACAAGGGAGGCCUCAGCCUUCAGGUUCCCAGCUGGCCAGACCCCAGAAUCCUGCCCUCUCUGAGGACUCAACUGCUGGGGCUACCUUGCCUCCAUCUACCUCCACCUCAGCCCCCUCCCUGGCUUCACAUCUGGGGCUCACUAGCACCCUCUUCCCUGGCUGGCAGGAAGUGCAGGAAAGUGAAAGGCGUACCUGGUGCUCUGCACACAGUAGGCCUUCAAUAAAAGUCCUCUGCAUUAGCAUUUCAUACUUCA